AGAAGAAGGCACAGUGCAUAAACAAACAGCAUGGCGUCUCAGCCGCAGCCUGGCGUCGGUCCUCCGCAAGGUGGACCUCAUCAGGCCGCUGGUCUUCAGCAACCGCAGCCACAACUUAGUCAGCAACAAGACUUUGAUCCUGUGCAUCGUUUUAAAAUGUUAAUACCCCAGCUAAAGGAAAGUCUUCAGAAUGUCAUGACCAUUGCCUCCUUGAAUUUCCAACACAACACAUCAAUUGACAAUGGCAUCAAAAGCAACGAUGCUGCGGUCCAGCGUUUUGACAAAAGCCUGGAGGAAUUCUAUGCUCUGUGUGACCAGGUUGAACUUUGCUUGCGACUGGCCCACGAGUGUCUAUCUCAGAGCAUCGACAGUGCCAAGCACUCGCCUAACCUCGUACCCACGGCCACCAAGCCAGACACGGUGCCAAACGAGGCCCUCUCCUACUCCCAGUACCUCAGCAUGAUCAAGUCACAGAUCUCCUGUGCCAAGGACAUCCACAAUGCACUGCUGGAGUGCUCCAAGAAAAUCUUAUCCAAGAACCAGCAACAAGGAAUCAUGUGAUCAUCAUAUAUGGACAUGUACAGUCUUUUUUUGUUCUACUUUUUGUUUAUCAGAUUUUUUUCCCCUUUCACAGUUGUUUAUUUAGAUUUUCACUUUUUUAAAUAAAUAAAGCACCUGCUCUGAGAA